AUUACCCUCACUCUGAAUUUUCAAAAAGCUGCAACACCUGAAAUACCCCCCAAAUUCACAUCAUGCCCCUAACUCAGCCAAAAGAAACCUCAGAAUAAAAUGUUCCAUUCAAGCAGCCAAUCAGCUGCUGCAUCUCCUUUAACGGAAAACUCUGCGUCAUAACGUCUGCAAAUAAAACCUAUGAAACUGUCACUUAAAUCCAGGUCAGCAUCAGUCAUGGAUGAACUGCUGAAGAUUCUCAUUGUUCUCUGUGGGCUUUUUCUCUGGAGUCAUUGCUCCAUUUCUGCUUCGAUGUUGGAGACGAUUGUCCGGCCUGGAGACAACAUCACCAUUUACUGUGACUGCAAAGUGUCAACUGGAAUAUAUGUAGUUUGGUUCAGGAACUGUUCCCAUCAAUACCAACCUACUCUUGUUGUAGACUGGAAGACGAGCUCUUAUUAUGAAAGAAAAAUCACAUUCCCUCGUUUUAAAUUUGUGAAGAAUGAGUCGUCCAACUCCUAUGACCUGAUGAUCAUAAACGUCACUAAUUCUGAUGAGGGACUUUAUUACUGUGAAACUUUGGAGAACAAGGUAAAGCAACAUGAAAACAAAAACCUUUUCUCUCAAGAAGCUUACCUCUAUGGCAACAUCACCAUAAAGAUCACACUCUAUUCCAGUGUUGCUCCUUCAAAUACAACCAUGUCUUAUGAGCAGUGUGGUUUGUGCUGGAAGUUGCUCUUUGCUCUGUGUCCUGCUGUUUUUAUUUUUUCCGCCUUCUUGACCUCAACUUUUGGUUUUCUCCUUCACUGGAAAACAGAAAUGCCUCGUGAUAAGGAGGAGAAAUGUGACUCCAUGAGACUACCAGAAAAAACAGAGGGGAACGAUGUGUACUUUGCUGCCCUGGAAGUCCAUCUGGCAUUUCAGAAAAAAAAGAAGAGAAUGAUCCACACAUCAGACUUCUGCAUCUUUACUGAUGUCAUAUACAACAUGAAAGUCGAAGAUUAAAAUGUUCUGAUCUCAGUGUUUGUUAAUUUGGUUAUGAAUGAAUAAAUGAAUGAAUGAAUGAAUGGCAAACUAAUAGAAAAUACUCAGUUAUAAUUGCUGCCAGCUGCAAAUUAAAACAUCUUCACAAGUUUGACCAUCAAAACAAAAUUAUUAAAAAAUGCAAGCAAACAAAAUAAAUAGGGCAAAAAAUCUUUGUGCAUAAGGUUUUCCUUCAUAAUGCUAAAUGUAUUUCUGCUGCACUUCCUGUCUUUGUUUUUUGAUCUCUCUUCUUAACAUGUUUAAUGCUCUUUGGACAGUGAAACUGCUGUAACCUGAAAGUGCAGUCUGUCCUCUGCAGAAGUGUGAGGGGCCCUUUGUCAUUGUGGAUUUCCUGUUUUACUGAGCAGUGACUGUGUUUGAAGGUUAACUUUGCUUUCAAUUUUGUCUUAUUCCACACAUCUAGAUAAGCAAUAAAGUUGACACAUCUAUAAACAAACUCAAUAAGAAGUUAGUUUGAUUUUUAGUUUGAACUUCUGCAAAUGACAGAUGUACACAAAAUGUUCCAGAAACAGCUUUUGAAAAGUAGUAGUAGUAGUAGUAGAAGUAGUUAUGACUGAAAAGAAAAAUUAUAUCUAGAGACGGAUAUUUUCUAAAAGAAAAGGCUUUGGGAAUAUAAGAACAAAGUACAUCAGGGUAUUAUGAAUUUCAAAAGAAUCCCUCUUUAUUUUGGUUCCAGUUAUUGUCAUUUCUCAACCAUAAAAUAUAUAUUUUAGCUGAAAUGUCACUGUGUACUAAUAUAUAGUCUGUCUGUUGUGAUGCAUGUAUUCAUACAGAUGUAUUCAUACAGAUUAAAUUGUUUUAUAGUAAACUAUAUCUUCUUAGUACUUUUGAAAAAUAUAAAUGAAAUAAAAUCUGAGAAGUAGGAAGUGCAUUUGUAUUCACCUUCAAGUCUAGAGGUGAGCUUUUACCAUUUAAACCCAUGCAAAUGCUUUCAUGCACUAUAUACUUUAUGUUGAUGCAUCACAUAAAAGCCUCCCAAAAUGCAUUAAAUGAUUACCCUAGAGAAGACCUUCACCAGUCACCAGGUUAAGUGGUUGUCCUAAACCAGAGAAAGUAGCAAAUUGGACGUUUGUCUAUCUGGCAAGGAAAAGGUUCCACAUGUAUGACAACCAAUGAUGUUAAUGAUAAAGACAAGAAAAUGCCAUCAGUAGCACUAUUGUAGGCUCUUUCUUUUCGGUGCACAAUCAAUUCAGAUGGUGCUGAGCUUAAUGCCCUUGCUCUUGCUUUGUUUUCAACUAACCCUGGCUAUUCUACAGUUGUUUACUUGCAUUUUGAGAAAACCUUUUCACUAGAAAGGGCUCGUUAACAGUGAUGACUGGUUAUCCACUUGUCAGGACUCAACUCAUAUCUCUGGGAUUACAGGAUCAUAGCUUCAGCAAUGGAUGUGACCCUUGUAACAAUAAGGCUGCUUUCACAAAGUAAAUGAGGUUUUGUAGCUGAUGUACACCAUGUAUCUUGACCGUGGUGACAUGGUCUCCCUGUACUUGUUUGAUUUAAUGAUGACUAAUAAAACCCUACAGUUUGAUACUCA